AUACAUGCAUAUAUAUAUAAAAUUCAUAUGUAUGAAAUCUGAUAUAUCCCGUCUGUACACACAUACAUAUGCAUAAAUAUACACACUACAAAACAGAACGCACGUGGAACAAUAGCAGCCGCAGUCGCAGUCGCAGUUGCAGUCGCUGUCGAAGCCCUCAGACACCAGACGGAGACACAGGCUCAGGCACAGUCCCAGGCACAGGCACAAACAAAAGCCAACGACAUUGGAUUGUGGCUUUUUCUGUGACCCACGACACUGGCAGACGCUGGACAUAAUCGUUCAAUGACAGCAGCCACAGUUGCUGCCACAGUUGCUGCCACCGCCUCUGCCUCUGCCGCGGCGCCGUCGUCCUCAUCGUCGCCGUCCGCUGUAAGCAACGCGCGCAGUUAACGCACAGCAGCAGCAGCAGCAGGAGACACUGUUUGAUCCGGUCUCAGCAGCGGACCAAUUGACAGCCAAGAAGUGCACUUCCCUGUGACGGAUACGGCUGUAGUUCAAGACUAUUUACAGACAACCAGCUAAAAGCCAAGCCACACACGCCCAAGGCACCAAGCCAGCGAUAGGAAAACUAACAGUAACAGAAACAGUAACAGCAACAGCAACAGGAACAGUAACAGCAACAGUAAAAGUAACACUAACAGUGACAGAAACUGUAACUGGAACUGUAACUGCAACUGUAGACAAACCAGCAACAAUGGUGAAAACCUUUCAAGCCUACUUACCGUCCACAAAUCGGACCUACUCAUGUGUUCAUUGCCGUGCGCAUCUCGCUUCACACGACGAGCUCAUCUCGAAGUCGUUUCAGGGCAGCCAGGGGCCGGCAUAUCUUUUCAAUUCGGUGGUAAAUGUCGCUUGCGGCCAAACGGAGGAGCGUGUCCUGCUCACUGGACUCCAUGCGGUCGCCGAUAUCUACUGCGAGUGCUGCAAAACGCCGCUCGGCUGGAAAUAUGAGCAUGCGUAUGAGUCCAGUCAGAAAUACAAGGAGGGCAAGUUCAUUAUUGAGCUGGCGCACAUGAUCAAGGAGAAUGGCUGGGAUUGAAACAAAACGUCGGCGAUGUGGCGCGCGUGAUGUGGCAUGUGGUGGGCUGGCAGUCCGGGCGGCUUGGGUAACGUUAAUAAUGCGGCAACAACGAACAGUUGAUGAUGGCACAUGUGAAAAGGCUUGAAGCUAAAUGAAGCAAGCAAGCGAGUACAAGUGCCAGUAAGAGUGAGACAGAUAGAAAGAGAGAGAGAGAGACGGAGAUAGACGACAGCGAGUGCCGGAGGUUUGAUCGGUCGAGUUGAGGCGCGAGUUCGAGUUUUAGGGUACCACAAUAUAUAUAUGCUAUUAUAUAGUACAUAACUCGUCGUAUCUUAGAGAACAAACAAAAACACACACAGACAGACAUACACACACAUACACACGCACAUACAACACAGACCACACACACUCUCUCAUACACACACACACAGCCAAACACACACCUCCAAAAUGGCAGCUGCUUUACUGGGCUUGGAGAGAUCUCUGCGCUGGGCGCAACAGCAACUUGAGCUGGCGCCAUCUACCGGCCUAAGCGCCAACUACUACUGUAUUAUUUGUUUUGUUGCCGUUUCGUCGCGUCUUUUAUUUGUUUAUAUAUUCCUUUUGUGUUUUUUUUUUCUUUCAAAUAUUUUCAACUAUUAUUUAUAUGACAUUAAGCUCAAAGUGUCUAGUAAACAGUUUUAAAUGCCCAUUUCUAUUUUUGAAAACUUGAAAAGCUUUUUAAUUUUCAUUUAACAGUUUGAGUUUUUUGACAAAUUUUUGGUUGCCACCAACACAAAAAGGAACACAAAAAACUUGCACUGCCAAUAAACGAAAAAUUAUUAAAAAUGUUUUUGUACAAAUGCAACAAAACGACUAAAAAUAGGAAACAGACGCAAAUUAAAUGCAAACGGCAUGCAAAAUUAAAAUGCACCCACAAAA